ACCACGCUUCGGAGCCACGUUUUGAGGCAACCACGACACACCCCUCAACCUGAAUCGUAUUCCGCAAGGCUGCCGUUAAAAAAAAAAAAAAAAAAAUCUCAAACAAAGUGGCGCUGCAACGGGACACGGGACACCGAGCCGGUUCAUCGAACUGAAUACUCUCGAGUCUCGAGUAAACUCCGUGCGUUGGGGCGGCAACCCACGCGAACAAAAUGGAGAAGGGCAGAAACGUGGUGGUUUCAGCUCUGCAGUUUUCCUGCACAGACGACGUCUCGACCAAUGUCGCCACCGCUGAAAGGCUAGUUAGAGCUGCUCAUAAAAAAGGCGCAAAUAUUAUUCUUAUUCAGGAACUCUUUGAAGGUUAUUACUUCUGUCAGGCACAGAGAGAGGAUUACAUUCAAAGAGCUAAGCCUCAUAAAGGCCAUCCGACAAUUUUAAGGAUGCAGAAACUUGCUAAAGAGUUAAGCGUAGUCAUACCUGUUAGCUUCUUUGAGGAGGCAAAUAAUGCACAUUAUAAUUCAAUAGCCAUAGUUGAUGCUGAUGGAACUGAUCUUGGGGUCUAUAGAAAGUCACACAUCCCAGAUGGACCGGGUUACCAGGAAAAGUUCUAUUUUAAUCCGGGUGAUACAGGCUUUAAGGUUUUCCAGACUAAAUUUGCAAAGAUUGGAGUUGCUAUCUGCUGGGAUCAGUGGUUUCCCGAGGCAGCACGCGCAAUGGUUCUUCAAGGUGCUGAGGUUUUGUUUUAUCCUACUGCUAUUGGGUCUGAGCCUCAAGAUGAAGGGCUAGACUCCCGUGACCAUUGGAGGCGGGUUAUGCAGGGACAUGCUGGGGCCAAUUUGGUACCUGUUGUGGCUUCAAAUCGAAUAGGAAAGGAGAUAAUUGAGACUGAGCAUGGCAAAAGUGAGAUUACAUUUUACGGAAACUCUUUUAUCGCAGGACCUACUGGAGAAGUUGUUUCAGCUGCUGAUGAUGAAGAGGAAGCUGUUCUUAUUGCUGAAUUUGACCUGGACAAGAUCAAAUCAAAACGGCAUUGCUGGGGUGUAUAUCGUGAUCGCCGGCCAGACCUAUAUAAGGUGCUUCUGACACUAGAUGGCAUCAAUCCUGUCCUGUAACAAAGAAAUAUUUUACUCUAACUGUUAUGUAAUUAUUUAUGGGAUGGUUUAGCCCUCUAACGGCACAACAUGCAUUACCAUCAAUAAAGCCCAGUGUAAUUCAAUAAAAUAUGCAGCCUUGGACCAGUCAACCAAGUACUGGGAUAUUCUGUAUCAGGAUCAUUAACUUGAUAUGAUUUAUCUGAAAUUUUGAAUCACUUCCUAUCGUC